AUGAUCGAAACGCUGUCAUGCACCAAGCAGACAUCCGGUGAAGAAGUUAAAAGACGUCUUGACCAAGGAGAAAAGUAAGAGUAUUUGUACGGAAGGGUAUCAGGAAAAAUAUCAUUUCUUACUAUUCCUCCGCAUUCACAAUUAAUUCCACAACCACGAUGCCGAAUUGCACGCUCACAUAGCGUCUUGUUAUCUUCAUUUUUGCCUCAGACGAAAAACCUCCAGUAAGCAAUCUCUUUGUCGAGCACCAACUGACAUGGAUAAUGGCUCUGUAUACAUACGCAUACAUGACUUAUCAAUGGGCGCAUUCGCUGAAACGAAGAUGGAGUCGGACAUGGAGUAUCUGUCGGACGAGUCCUGGCAAUGGUACGAAGAAGAUUCUGAGAAUGAGUCAAAAGUUUCGAGUGACAACUAUAAAUCCUCAGUCUGGUACGCCGCUUGGUUCGGAGAAGCUACUGAUCUUCGUAACAUUUUGCAACGGCUUAAUCAAAUAGAAAGAACGGAUGCACUUUAACAAUUUGUGUGUGGCUGUGGCUGUGGCUACAUGGCCGGUAACCGGUCAAAGUUUCUAAAACACUAAAUGACCGGCAGUCCUAUAUUAUCAGUAAAUUUCACAAAAUCUAAAGAUUCUAGCUAAUCUAAACUAUCAUAUGCCGAUUAAGACAAGUCAAGCGAUCCUGAAAUACUUUAUAGAUCUCAAGUCUAGUGUUUGGUUUACGCCGGGCUCAGAAGACGAAACCGUGUUUUGUAACACUUAGAACUUUUUUCAGCUCGACUGCCGGUCACAGUUUUCAAAACACUGCCGUUCAUUUAGUGUUUUUAACACCUUGACCGGUUACCGGCCAUAUAGCCACAGCGAACAAUUUAAAUCCAUAAAAAUCAGGGAGGACAUCUGUGCAAGAUUUUUUGGUGGCAUCCCACUCAUCGCUGCUGCUCGCCGAGGAGAACUGGAUUGUGUCAAAGAGCUUCUUCGAUACAACGCAAAUAUUGAAGCUUUAGGACGAAAUGUCGCAGAAGAUAUAAACAACUGGGAAGUCGACGGAACUGCUUAUUAC